GUCUGUGAGAUCCUCCAGGUAUGAAUUCCAUUCUAAAAAGAUUCCUUGAUCAGUUUACCUAUGUGCUUAUUUCUUUGCAGAUUUAAUUCACUGCACAGACCAUGAGCAAACUGCUUCCCUGUCCUGGGAAUUUCCUGACCUAUAAAAUAGAGAUUGGUGUGGGGACAAGAUGCAAAGCCAUCACCAGGAAUCCUGGUAUCCAGGGCAAAUCCAGGCCCUGGCUGCUUCCUGUCCCAUCGGAGAAGAUGCUCCCCAAGGUGGUCAUCUGCAGCCUACUCCUCCUCAGCAUGCUGUGGAUUGAUGUGGCCUCAGCGGGCUCCAGCUUCCUAAGCCCGGAGCACCCAAAGAUCCAGCGGAAGGAAUCCAGAAAGCCACCUGUCAAACUUCAGCCCCGUGACGUGGAAGACUCUUCCAGCCAGCCAGAAGGAUUAGAGAAGGGUUUGGAAAUCCAGUUCAAUGCUCCCUUUGACAUUGGGAUUAAAGUGGCAGAGGCUCAGUAUCAGCAAUAUGGGCGCACCCUGGAAAAGGUCCUACAGGAGAUCCUUUUGGAAGAGAACCAAGGAAAUACAGGAGAAAACUGACACCCUGAAGAGAUGAGCCCACACAUUUUUCUAACCAACAUGCAUCAUCCCAUGUCUUGCAUUCAAAUUUGCUUCCCUGACAAUUUCCCCUAUCUGUGUAUUAAUUGUACGCCGGGGAGAAAAAUAAAAUUCUCAC